AGUGAAUUCUAAUUGAAGAUAUUAAGAGACGAACCCUCAUUUCCUUCAUUUCCGUUUCAUGUGAAAUAAUUUUCUUAGUUUUCAAUUAAUUUAAACUAAUUUAAUUUAAUUAUCUUUUUUUUUGGUGAGUUCGAACAAGUUUCGUGGUCAAAACCUUAAAAAUGCGUUACUUGAGUGCUUACCUUUUGGCCACUCUCGGUGGAAAUUCUAAUCCUUCUAUUGAUGAUAUUUCUGGUAUUUUAUCAUCUGUUGGUAUUGAGGUUGACAAAGAACGAGCCACUAAGGUUAUCGCUGAAUUGAAAGGAAAAAAUGUCGCUGAAUUGAUCGCUGCUGGUUCUACUAAACUUGCUUCAGUUCCUUCUGGAGGUGGAGGAGGUGGUGGUGCCGCUGCUCCAUCCGGUGAUGCUGCUAAAGGAGAUUCACCAGCCAAAGAAUCAAAGAAAGAAGAAAAGAAAGAAGAAGAGGAAGAAGAAGAUGACGACAUGGGUUUCGGUCUAUUCGAUUGAUCUCAUCAUUUACUUAUCACUCAAAAUUCUGUUUUUCUAUUCCAAUAUCCAGUUUGGACAUGAAAACGAUAGUUUUAUUUAUAAAAAUGAUCGUUAAAUAAACUAUUGUUGAUAAAAAUUCAAA